AUUCUGUUAAAGUGUCAAACCGAAUGUUUUUGUUUACCUAUUUGUCUGAAAGGAAAAACUGAAAAAGAAUAGCGCCAACGCAACAUCAACAGAAUCAUGAAAGAAAUCAUCGCAAAAAGUAACUGUGACAGUAAUAAUUGCAUUUUGUGCAUGAAGGCGACAUCAUCAACAACAAAAAUAUUCGGUGGACGAGGUCAGGCUCUCAAAAUUGCGGAGAGAUUGUCGCAGCAUUUCUGGUUUACAUUCAACGAUGAAGUGGACGAAUCACUGGUCGUUUGUGCACUAUGUUGGGAAAAAAUUGAUCAAUUUCAUCAAUUCUAUGAAUCGGUUCGAGAAGCUCAUCUUCACCAAAUCGAAAAUCCACCCAUGGUUGAACCGAAGGACAAGCCGAAAGAUGACGACUCUGAGCUACUCGACUGGCAAUGGGAUAAUUGUGAUGACACGGACAAUACAGUGAAUUCAGACGAAGAAAAUCCUCCAAAGACAAGCCAUCAGAAGAUUCCCCGGAUGAAUGUCAACGAAGGUACUACGGAACCGAGAAACGAAAAGCUGGAAAAACCGAAGACAAAACCAGUUACGAUAGACAUUGAACGACGAGUUGCAGAGUUUUUCCGAAUGAAUUGUCAUCUGUGUGACGAACCGUUGAGCUCGCUGACCAAGGUCUCGAAACAUUUCCGAAUAAAACACAAUAUGGAGAGGGGAUACCUGAUAUGUUGUUGUAAGAAAAAGGCGAAAGUGCGUAAGGCAGUGAUUGAGCAUGUGGAGUGGCACAUGAACCCAAAUUUGUUUCGAUGCGAUAACGACGAGUGCUCCAGAACCUUCAACGAGAAACGAGCUUUGCGAAAACACAUGAUGGAGCAUCAAGGGCGAGCCGAAGGCCCAUUGGAUUGUAGUCAGUGCACGAAACAAUUCCCGAAUCAAGACUCGUUAAAACGGCAUGUCGGACGAGUUCAUCCGCAGGACAAUCAGAAAUACACUUGCGACAUUUGCAAAAAGGAUUUUAAGCUGAAAAUUACGUUAGAGGCUCACAUGAAGUACAAGCAUAUCGGUACCAGUCAGCAGCAUAUUUGUGACAUUUGUGCCAAAGUACUGAGUACGAAGCAAAAUCUCAAGGAGCACGCCAACACCCACAUCGAUGUUCCACGCUUGCCAUGUGGGAUCUGUGGUGCAUUGCUGAAAAAUGCUGUCUGCUUAGCCAUACACAUGAAAAGCCACACCGAUACCAAGCAAACUUGUGACAUUUGCUUGCAAGUGAAAGCCAACCGGACAGCAUUGAUGAGCCAUAAACGACGUGUACACGGUGCGGCAAAGCACAAGUGCACAUUGUGUGACAAGUCAUUCACCCGUCCGAGUGCGAUGAGGGAACAUAUUGCGACCCAUACCGGCCAGGAUUUGUACGUUUGCAACUAUUGCCCGCAAACGUUCAAAUCCGAUUCCAACAUGUACAAACACAUGAAGCAGGUGCAUGCAAAGCAAUGGACAAUCGACCGAAAGCAACGUUGAGGACAUGGUAUACGCCACCGCGUAAUGAUGCAACAAUAGGUAUGGUGGACAAUUGACAGCGAAUAAAGCAUUGAAAA